CUAGAUCGAAUCAGAUUCUUAGCAUACCCAACACUCAAUAAAGUGUGACAGUAUUAUUAUACAUAGUUUUGAUACGGUCGAGUAGCUGCAGAGAAUCGUUCUUUUCUUCACCUCGCAACCUUCUAAUGUCCUACGGUUCAAGCCACUGUUUCAUCAAGAUCUCAAUCUUGAUUCAAGCAUUCUAUAAAGUGACAUACAUGGGUGAUGGGUGUAUUUGAUACAUCCACUUGCUACAUCUCCCACAAUUAACUCGUAGUUUCACAUACCAACUUGGUUGUUUAUAGAUAUCGAGAUGGCGUUGAAUUGGGGACCAGUGUUAAUGUCGGUGUUUCUGUUCAUCGUAUUGAUUCCCGGAGUAUUGUUUCAGCUUCCGGGGAAGACCAAAGUGGUUGAGUUUGGCGGUUUUCAGACAAGCGGCGCAGCCAUUGUCAUACACACUCUCGUAUUCUUUGCAUGUAUCACCGUCUCCCUUAUCGCUCUUCACAUCCACAUUUACGCUGCCUAAAGUAAUUUAACUUUGCACCGAUCGCUAUGUGCAUCCUUAAUUAUACGUCCACUCAUUUUGUUUUUGUUUUUGACUAACUGUGAUUCUUGAUUCCCAUUAAAGUACUUGUGGAAUUAUAACAAUAUAACUAGAUUUUGA